UCCAAUUCAGGGAAUAAAAUUCUCCUUUCCCCAUUGGAUAAAAAAGAACAAACCAUAGAAUAUCUUCGUUGUGGUCUUCUCAUCAUUCUUUCUACGUAGAAGCUUCAUUUUACACUUCCAAGCAAAGGACAAUUUCCUCAAAGUCUUUAAUCUUCGUGUUAGUAUGUCUACGUUAAAUGAAAAACAUAUCCAAAGGAUUUUCGACAAGCUUGAUGAAGAUGGUGAUGGAUUAGUGAGGUUAGGUGAACUGAAAGGCCUACUUGAUAAGAUUGGAGCUUGUACGGAUCUUGACGAGCUCCAAUCUUUGGUAGGAAAAACGAGCCUAAACAUCAUUGACUUCUCCCUCUUUUACGAGGCGAUGGUGAAGAAAAAUAAUGGGGAUGAAAAGAGAAAAGAGGACAAUAAUUUGGAAGAUGAUAUUGUUGAAGCAUUCAAGGUGUUUGAUUUGAAUGGAGAUGGUUUUAUUUGUUGUGAGGAGCUUCAAAAAGUGUUGUCAAGAUUAGGGUUGUGGGAUGAGAAAGAAGGAAGUGAUUGUAAGAGCAUGAUUCAUAUGUAUGAUACUAACCUUGAUGGAGUUCUUGAUUAUGAGGAGUUCAAGAACAUGAUGUUGGUUUCUAAUUCUGAGGGUAUUCCUAAUUUGUAAAUUAUUGACUUUUCAUUCAUCUUUUUGAAACUUUCUACAUUAAUUAAUUGUUGUGAUGACUAUUUGU